AUGUAUCACAAUGAGGAUGCAAAUGAUUAUCCAAUGAUAUCUAAGCUUCUUCAAAUAUUUAUUACACUUCCAGUAUCUACUGCCACGGGAGAACGAUCGUUUUCAACACUCCGUCGUUUGAAAACUUAUUUGAGAAAUUCUUCUGGACAAAUACGUUUAAAUGGUUUAGCCUUACUUAAUAUUCAUCGUGAUAUUAACGUGGAUAUUAAUGAUGUUUUAGAUGAACUUGCUAAAAAAUCGAUACGAAAAUUGAAUAUAAAUUUAGUUUAA